GUUCUCCUUUGUAUAUAAGGAAUUGGUUGAGAAAACGCACAACAAAACGCGGGAUUCGUCGUCCGUUGGCAUUGACCGGUGCUUUUAUUUCCUCGGGAGGAAAAUAUAAAAGUCUUCUUUGGGUGUUAGAAAGCUUUGGUUUUUUGAGAUUUUCCGGCAUUUUGGGGUCUCGAGGACACCGACUUCGAGAUGGAUUUUUUAGAGUAUCCGGAUAUAACGGCAGAGGUUAAGGGUGCCAUGACUCCAGGUCGGCUGAAGCUGACGGACCAGGCGUUACACUUCAAGAAUCAGAAAACCGGAAAAGUGGAGCAAAUAUCGUCGAACGACAUGGAAAUGGUGAAUUUUCAGAAAUUCGUCGGUACCUGGGGUCUCCGGAUAUUUCUGAAGAAUGGAAUUCUCCACAGAUUCCGUGGCUUCAAGGAGGCGGACCUGGAGAAGGUCUCCAAGUUCUUCAGUACGAAUUACAAAAAGGACAUGCUCGAGAAAGAAUUGUCCCUGAAGGGGUGGAACUGGGGAACAGCGAAAUUCACUGGAUCAGUCUUGUCCUUCGACGUUGGCCACCACACAGCCUUUGAGGUUCCCCUCUACGACGUCUCCCAGUGUACUACAGGAAAAAAUGAGGUCACUCUGGAGUUUCACCAGAACGACGACGCACCUGUCUCCCUCAUGGAGAUGCGUUUUCACAUACCGGUGAUGGACUCUGCUGAGACUGAUCCAGUGGAUUCCUUCCACCAGCAGGUGAUGGACAAGGCUUCGGUGAUUUCUGUUUCAGGGGAUGCAAUCGCCAUCUUCAAGGAAAUUCAGUGUCUCACACCUCGUGGUCGCUAUGACAUCAAAAUUUUUCAAUCGUUCUUUCAAUUACAUGGGAAAACAUUCGAUUACAAGAUCCCAAUGUCCACAGUAUUGCGACUAUUUCUUCUUCCUCACAAGGACAGUCGUCAGAUGUUCUUCGUUGUUUCACUGGAUCCUCCAAUUAAACAAGGGCAGACACGUUAUCAUUAUCUCGUUUUGUUAUUCAAUCAGGAGGAGGAAACGUCCAUUGAAUUGCCAUUCACUGAGAAAGAACUCAAGGAGAGGUACGAGGACAAAUUACCCAAGGACCUGUCUGGACCAACUUACGAGGUGCUGGGAAAAGUUAUGAAGGUCAUAAUAAACCGUAAAUUGACAGGACCUGGUGGUUUCGUUGGUCAUUCAGGCACUCCAGCUAUCGGUUGUUCCUUCAAGGCAGCAGCUGGCUACCUCUAUCCUCUGGAGAGAGGUUUCAUUUACGUUCACAAGCCACCGAUUCACAUAAGAUUCGACGAAAUAGCAUCUGUUAAUUUUGCCCGAGGUGGUGGUAGCACCAGGAGUUUUGAUUUUGAAAUUGAAUUGACAUCUGGUGUUGUUCACACGUUCUCCAGCAUCGAGAAGGAGGAGUAUGGAAAGCUCUUUGAUUUUAUCACCUCGAAGAAGCUGAGGGUAAAGAACAGGGGAAAGGGUGAGAAGGUUUCGUAUGACAACGACUUUGGGGAUUCUGAUAAUGAAGCGGAGCCUGAUGCUUAUCUGGCUCGGGUUAAGGCUGAGGCCAAGGAACGGGAUGAUGUCAACGACUCGGAGGAGGACGAGAGCACUGAUGAGGACUUUAAUCCUAAUCAGGAUGAAAGUGAUGUUGCUGAGGAGUAUGACUCGAAUCCUGCGACAAGUGAGGACUCUGAUGAGGAGGACAGCGAUGCUAGCGGGAGGAAGGAGAAGAAGGAGAAAAAAAAAAGUAAAAGCGCUAAAACUGUUAGUGAGAAGCCGAGGAAACCCAGGAAGAAGAAGAAGGAGAGGGAGGAGGGCAGACCCAAAAGACCUGCCACAGCUUUCAUGUUGUGGUUGAACAGUGCCAGGGAGAAGAUAAAAGAGGAUAAUCCUGGUAUAGCUGUUACUGAAAUUGCCAAGAAAGCUGGGGAGAUGUGGAAGACACUUGAUGGAAAAUCAGAAUGGGAGAAGAAGGGACAGAAAUUGAAGGAGGAGUACGCAGAGGCAAUGAAGAAGUUUGAGGCAGCGGGUGGUGGCUCUAAGGAUAAAGGAAAGGAGAAGCCGGAGAGGAAGAAGAGGGAGACCAAGAAGGAUUCCAAGAAAGAUGUCUCGCCGGCGAAGGCUGGCUCGUUUAAAAGCAAGGAGUACAUUUCUGAUGACGACAGCAGCAGUGAUGAGAGCAAGAAGUCCAAAGGGAGUGAUGAUGAGAGCGAAGGGGAGAAGAAAAAAACGGUUAAGAAGGGAGGAGAGAAACGUCCAGCAGCUAACGACAAAAAGAGGGUGAAAAAGGGGAGAAAGGAAUCCUCUGGGUCGAGUGAGGAAGAGGAAAUCGAGGAGAGCGAUGAAUCUACUGGCAGUGAUUAAAUACUUAAUCUAAAUUAUUGUUAACACAAAUGUUACAAUUGAAUAAGUUAAACUGUAAAUUUUUCUCCUA